GUUGACCGGUAGUCUUAAACCCUAGCUCUCCCCCCGCCCCCCCCCCCGGCCUCUCACCGCUACUUCAACCCCUUCGCUUCCCCCUCGCCCCUGACGCAGAAUCAGUGCUCCCCGGGUGUCCCGUCCUCGUAAGCUCCCGCUCUGCAGACGGUCAGAAGCCUCCAAAGUCAACCUCAAACUACAAUGACAUCAUGGCAAGAUUCCGCAGGAGAACAUGUAUUAUUUUGUUGCUUUUCAUUUUAUUUAUUUGCUCCAUAAUGAUGGCCUUGAAGACUCUCAGACCUGAAAGAGCAGUGUUUGGAGAUCCAUUUGGCCUUGGCCUUUUCCCUGAUUUUCAGCAGCGAACAACACACUUAAAAAGCAAGUUAAGUCUGCAGAACAAAGCUAAGGAAGAUAGCUUCACACAAACUAAAAAUUUACAUCCAUUGACAAUGAACAUCAACCCACCUACAGUUUCUGGAGGACAACUGGACAAAGACCUACCUUCUCCAAAUUACAGCUUCCAUGUGUUUUACUACAGCUGGUUUGGGUCUCCACAGUUUGAUGGGAAAUACAUUCAUUGGAACCAUCCAUUGUUGACACACUGGGAUGCCAAAAUUGCAAGUGGUUAUCCAAGAGGAAGACAUAAUCCCCCAGACGAUAUUGGGGCCAGCUUCUAUCCUGGACUCGGCCCUUACAGUUCCAAAGACCCCUCUGUUAUAGAAGCUCACAUGAAGCAGAUUUUAUCAGCUUCCAUUGGGGUAUUGGCACUUUCCUGGUAUCCACCUGGUAUGGCAGAUGAAAAUGGAGAACCUACUGAUGGCCUGGUGCCUACAAUUUUGGAUAUUGCACAUAAGUACAAGUUAAAGGUUGCCUUCCAUAUUGAACCAUACAAAGAUAGAGAUGAUCACACUAUGUACAGCAAUGUCAAAUAUAUCAUUGACAAAUAUGGAGAUCAUCCAGCUUUUUAUAGACAUAAAGUCGGCAAAGGUAGAAGCCUUCCCAUGUUUUAUGUUUAUGAUUCUUACAUAACAAUCCCUGAAAUCUGGGCAAAUCUACUUACUGUAUCAGGAUCCCAAAGCAUACGCAAUACACCAUAUGAUAGUUUAUUCAUUGCCCUUCUUGUGGAAGAAAAACAUAAGCAUGACAUCCAUAAAAGUGGCUUUGAUGGAAUUUAUACAUAUUUUGCAACAAAUGGCUUCUCUUAUGGAUCAAGCCACCAUAACUGGCCAAGUCUGAAAGCUUUUUGUGAUACAAAAAACCUAAUCUUUAUUCCAAGUGUGGGACCAGGCUAUGUUGAUACCAGCAUCCGACCGUGGAACAGCCACAACACACGGAACCGUGUCAAUGGCAAAUACUAUGAGACUGCAUUCAGUGCUGCACUUCUAGUACGACCCGAAAUCAUUUCCAUCACCUCUUUCAAUGAAUGGCAUGAAGGGACUCAGAUUGAAAAAGCCAUUCCAAAGAAGGCUGGAAAGACAACUUACCUAGAUUAUCAGCCUCAUAAACCAAAUAUUUAUCUGGAACUCACUCGCAAAUGGUCUGAAAAAUAUAACAAAGAAAAAGAGCAGUGGCUUACUUGAAGUGCUGCUGCAACAAGGAACACAUAAUUGUGUCUUGCUGAUAACUUGAGAACAUUUUUACUUGUGAGGGUGUAGUCUGCACUGUGUGACUGUGGGGUUGGUUUUUUAAAGUUUUCACUUUAAGGAGUAAAGGUAACCAUGGCAAGCGAUACAAGUUCUUCAUUUCUUUAAGUAUGACUGUACAUAGUCAUAUUCUGUGUAUUACAAUAUACUAAAUAUACUUGUUUCCUCAAGUAGAACAAAGCAGAAUUUAUUUCAACUUGGGUGGCAGCCCAUGUAGUUCUAUAGAAUAUUUGCACACACCUGGACUUCUUAGUUUCCCCCUGUCCAGAAGAAACCUUUCAUACUGCUCCUCAUUUGCUUUAAAUUAGGUUUAGAAGUGGCUUCCAGUGCAGUGUGAGGAACAAAGUGAAAUAUCCCCAGGUGCUAGUAUAGAAGGCCUCCUAUGAAACUUCUUAGAUUAGGGAAUAGAAACAGCUGUGAAAAAACAAGCAGUUGUAGUUCCUUUAAAAUUAAUGCAUACCUGAUGCAUGCAACUGCUUAUCCCAUGAUAAAGUGCAGAAUCUGCUUAGAAUUAUUUUCAGCUCAAGAACCACUUAAAAAUCGGAAAUGUGAAAGAACAUAGCCUGCUUUUCCUGUGCAGCCCUCUUUCAUUAAUUGCACAAAGCCAGAAUAUUUCUUUUGUAUUGUUCAUGGAAGUUAAAAAUUCCUAUCUUUAUAUUUGCAUUUGCUUUCCUAGAAAUGAUGAGUGUUACACCGUGAUAUUCACAGUUAGCAGUAGUUUCAGUUAGGCUGUUUUAAGAAAUGUUUACUAACGUGUCAUAGCAUCAUGUUAAGAUAUGAAAGCCCCAAAUGGACUGUUGUUUCCGUUUGCACACUUGUGGAGGAGCAGCAACUCUUCUUAAAGCAGCCUUUGUUCUGUGCUCUCCAGAAGGCAUUCUGAUCUUGAAAUAAACUUGCUGGGCUUGGAGGUGAAUCUCCAGUAGGUAAGAACUCUCAUAGGCAAGUAGAGCAGUCAUUGACAUUUGAAAUUGAUCCCAAUCAUCGGAAUCAGUUCCAAAGAAGAUAAAAUACUCCCACUUUUUAUACUGCUUUAACAAGAUGUAAUUUUACAGAGAAAAACUUAUUUUCAAAAUACUAUUUUAGAAGGAUGCUUAGUCAUACACAUGUGGGGAGGAGGCUUAACACUAUUUUAGAAGCAUCAUCCUUUUCCAGUAUUGCAUUUAUUAUCUAUUCCUAAGUGAAAUUGAAUAUAGCAAUUUCAACUGGGAUUGCCUAGGAUAAAAACUGAAAACAUGUCAUGGGUAUAAGUGCAGUUCGUUCACUCACAUUUUUAAUUGGUGCACUCUUAUUAAGCAAAACUGAGGAUGCUUCUAGACAGUUUGCUGCUAGCAUCAUUGAUUCAAAGGAUUUUAUAGCUACUCUUUCUUUUCCUCCUCAGUGUUGUGUUUUGUUUUGUCUGGUCUUGUUUUUUGUGGGGGUUUUUGUUGUUGUUUUUUGGUUUUUGCGGGGCUUGAGAAAAAAAGAUGGAGGAAAUAGUGGAAUAAAACUCAGAAUUGUUACAAAUGGAAAAUUAUGUCUGGCCACCUUUUUAAAAAAAAUUGCAUUAAUGAGUUUGGGCAAUGACACAAUAAAAGCCUCAUCUUGGAGCUUUUAUUUAUUAGUUCUUGGUUCCUUUUACAUGUAUGCACUGACUUGAGAAAGGAAUUAGAAAUACAACUGCAAAGAGAUACUUCCCUUAUAUAAAUCAGUGGUGUGACCACACUUCAAAUACUGUAUGCAGUUUUGCUCACCACACCCUGAGAAAGAAAAUUAUAGAAUUGGAAAAAUGGCAACUCUGCUAAUCAAGAGGCCAGAGCAACUCACCUAUGAGGGAAGGUUACAUGUGGUAUAGUUUAGCUUAGAAAAACUUAGGUCUAAAUGUACAUACAAUAGACCUAUAGAAAAGCAUACAUGGUGUGGAGAAAGCAGAUGAGGAAACACAUUUCUCUCUUUCUCAAUACUGGACCCUGAGGUCAUUCGAUGGAGUUGAUUGGUGGGAGCUUCAGGAUAGAUAAAAGUAUUUCUUCACAUAGUUCUUCGUUAACAAUGUGAAAUUUAGUUACACUCUAAUUCACUACCGCAAGAUGUAGUGAUCGCCACCAGUUUGGAUGGCUUUUAAAAGGGAUUUGAGAAAUUCACAGAGAAUAAGGUUGACGAAUGCCUGCUAGUCCUAAGGCUGUUUAGAGUGUUGGACUGGGGACCCAGGAGAUCUGGUCCCCAGCCAGCCAUGGGCCAGUCACAAACUUUCAGGCCAACCUACCUCAUGAGGCUGCUGCUGUGAAGAUAAAAUGGAGGUAUGUAAGCCACCUUAAGUUCCUCUCAAAAGGAAAAAUGGUGAGCUAUAAAUGCAGUGUAGUGGUAACAAUAGUAAUAGCGGUAUGCCUAUGUAUGCAAGUUGCUGGAGGACUUUAGCAGCAGAUGCUGUUGAACACGCAUCCUUUUUGUGUGCUUCCUGUGGGCAGCUGGUUGGCCAUUAUGUGAGUAAAUGGGGUGUUAGAUGGCUCUUUGGUCUGAUACUUCAUAGCUCUUAUGCUCCUGCAUCUCAGGAUGGAAAUGAAGAACUGCUUACAUGCAUGCACCCCUUGUCCAGAUCCCUUUUAGUUAUUGUUUCCUGUGAACAUACCUUUUAGCAAUCUGAGAGAAGGUUUACGUUAAAAUAAUUAGAAUAAAAAUAUACAAGAAAUCCAUUAAAUUACCCCCUUUUAUAUAAAUUUUACAUAUGAGGGGUGACUUUAUUGUAGGGCUCUUUUCUAAUGUGCUGUUCUUCAGUUUUAGCCUUUGGUGAGAGACCUGUACAACAGGAUCACCUGUGCUUUGAGCCAUUCCUCAGUAAGAGUAUAUCUUAGGAAGUUGUGGUUUUCACUGAGUGCCUUAGGAUGUCUAAAUUAAAAGUGCCUCUCUGCUGAGCUCCCAUCACACUUAUCUGAAACUCACUACCAACACUCACUGAUUCAGUGUAUAUUUUAUGAUCUUGGUUUGGCAAAUUUGAAAAAUGUGCAGUGCUACAUUGUAGCAGAGAUGCAGGAGGAUUGGCGUUUUCCCACUGCUUGGUUUGAAAUGGACAAAUCUUGACAAACCUAACUAUUUUCACUUUUUUAAAAAAAUGAUCAUUUCUUUUCUUUGCAUCCCGUUCUAAGCUCAGUUAGUAAGCCUCGUGCUUUUUAGUGACUUCACUGUGAGUAUAAUGGGUACUAAGUAUUUUAUUCCCUGUAGCAUUCCUCCUUCCAACACCCUUGGCUCCAAAAGAAAUCUACAUAUCCUGUGGUUUCAGGCAUGAUGAGGCCAGAAAAGAACUUGUAAGAAUAUAUUCCAGUUCUAUAAAUCCCAUUCCACUUUUGCUUUCAGGCACUGACAAAUCGUUUGAGAAUUCAUGAAGAUUUUUAUAGCCACACUUCCACUUACCAUUUCCCUUGCAGCUAUCCUAGGAAGAGCCAAGCCAGCUGCUUUUCAAGAGCAACCUUCAACAACCUCAUUGAGGUUGAAAAGGAGGCAUUCUGCAGGGAUAAGAGGGCCCAGAAUCUUGUAGUUCCAUCUCGCUUUUGUACCCACUGCCAGUAAGUGAGAAGAGCACAGUGGCCUUUUUAAGAGGGAUGGUGGCAGUUGAAAGGAGGAGGAGGAAAGAGAGCCGGAGUCAUCUCUGUCUUCCUACCCUGAUGGCAACUGCCUGGCAGAGCAUAGACUAUCUCUGCACUGCCAGACUUCUGUCUAGUCUAAUACAUUUUAGCAACCCAACCAAUAUUAUUCUGACAGCCAUUCAUCUAUUUCACUAGAGUUCCAUUCUUUUACUGAGCUUUUGGUGGGACCUUCAGUUUUACUGAGCUGUAUGUAUUUCAGUGACCUAUGUUAUCCUCUGAGAUGCUUACUAGAGAUAAUUACCUGAAAAACAUUAAUUAUGACAUCGAAACUUCUAGGCUUCCAUUAUACUGUAUUGCCAUUGGCAUCCAUUCAUUGUUAUUAAUGAACUUAUGAAAUGCACAUUUUUGCAUAGAAACAUAAAGUAUUAAAAAACUUUCAGUUUCAAAUUUUUCACCCCACAUCACUGUUUCUGAGUAAACAGGAAUAGUAUUGCAUUACCAGUCUCUUACUAAAUUAUUUAAAUAUAUGCAAUUAAAUAAAAGGGGGUCACCAGAUUAUUGGCUAUGAAAACUUUACUAUUAGAAAUGGAACAGAGAUAGCAAAUUGCUAAAAGACAGAAGGCUCAUAAACCAUUUGGGACAACUUAGAAUUGUUGGACCCUGGGGGAAAACAACAGGGGCAAGAAUUACUGAAGAAACUGCAAGCUGUGCAUGGAUGCACUAUUCUCAGUAAUGGGAUUUAAAGCCAAAUAGAAUUUUACUGUGGCAGUUGUAAGCAUGCUUCCUUGAGAGCCACUCAAGAUGCUGCACCAUAUAGACACACUGUCUUUUUGUACUGCUAGCUGUGCACAAUCAUGGCCAACCACAUGUACAGGCAACUAACAAAUAGGCAUAUAGGUGAUUCGCACACCAGAUACUUUUUCUACCUGCAAGUAUUUUCUCUGUAGGAAGCUUUUGAAGCAUCUUUAUACUGGAGACCACAACCUAGUUUUCCUAUUUUAGACCUCUUUUCAUUGAGAUCUGUUAAUCUCAUUGAACUGUCUGAAACCUACCCAGCCCCACAGUGAGCUUUUAAGGAUGCUUGAAGCAACAGUUACUUGUGAAUUUACAUAUCUUGGCAUUGUCUUUUACUUUGAAGAUUUCUUAGUCCUUAUGGAAAUGGAUUUCCCAUAUGUAACUAAAACAAACAGCAUCGAUCCCAACUGGGUCAAAUUAGUACUGCAAGAACUCUGUCUUAAAAAUAUCUCUUUCUGUGUUGGUGUACAUUUCCUGAACUGUAAACCAUACUAUUUUUAAACCUUGAGAAGGAACUACCCAAUCUUUACAUGGUUAAUAUUUUUAUUAGUUAUAUACAUUCUUAAUUAAGUGUAUUUGAUUAAAAUUGAAAUUUAUGCAUCUUGUGCAAUUUCUGUGACACAUUCAGUGUAAUAUAAUAUAAUUGAAUUUAUAUUGUCCCAUGUGCCACUGAGUAUACCCACCACUGCUCUUGUAUAAUCUUUUGCUGUACACAAUUUGUGUUCAACUUAAAGAAAUUUAAAAUAUUUUGCAUGUCUCAGGAAAUCUUAUUUACAGAAAGCACUUAAAAUAAUAAAAUACUACUGCAUACUUUGUAAUGUAAUUAACACUUGAAGUAAGGACUGCAAACAUUUCCAAGCUAUGUUUAACAAAUAAAUUUAUUGAGUUUCUGUUA